GAUCGUGUUAUCAUCCGUGGAACAGUUUCGAUGUCGACAUUUAUCUACGAAUAUCUGAACUGUCAACAUGUCCGCCAGCCGCGUGUCACAGAUUCUCUUCUCGCGCGUAUCGCACGCAACCCGAAAACCACAGUAUUUUGUCACACCUGUCGUCAGGUAUUAUUCCUGUCAAACUGAUAAUUAUAAAUGCAUUAAGACUGAGAUCAUGGGUGAAAAGAAGAACGUGGGCCUUAUCACCUUGCAUAGGCCAAAAGCAUUAAACGCUCUGUGCGAUGAAUUGAUAAAUGAGAUGAAUCACGCUUUGGAGCAUUUCAACACAGAUUUGUCAAUCGGUGCCAUCGUCAUUACCGGAAGCGAAAAGGCAUUCGCUGCAGGUGCCGACAUCAAGGAAAUGAAAGAUAAAUCAUACGCGUCAAAUCUAAAAGAGAACUUUAUAGCUAACUGGAAUAAUAUUUGCAAAAACAAGAAGCCCUUAAUUGCUGCUGUAAAUGGUUACGCUUUGGGCGGCGGUAACGAGCUCGCGAUGAUGUGCGAUAUUAUUUACGCCGGCGACAAGGCCAAGUUCGGCCAACCGGAAAUUGCAAUCGGUACAAUUCCCGGAGCGGGUGGUACUCAGAGACUACCCAGAGCCAUCGGUAAAAGUAAAGCCAUGGAAUUAGUGCUUACUGGCAAUAUGAUGACUGCGGAGGAAGCUGAGAGAAGCGGUUUGGUCAGUAAGGUUUUUCCGGCUGACAAAGUGGUCGGAGAAGCGGUGAAGCUGGGCGAGAAAAUCGCAUCUCACUCACAAUUAAUCGUUUUACUAGCCAAAGAGUCUGUUAAUGCCGCAUAUGAAACAACAUUGCAACAAGGACUUCAAUUUGAGAAGAAACUGUUUCAUAGUACUUUCUCUCUGGCGGACAGAAAAGAAGGAAUGACGGCUUUCCUGGAGAAACGUCCGCCAAAAUUUAUGAACGAAUAAAUCUCAAGAUUAUGU